UUUUUUUUCCUUCUCUCUCGAUUUUUCGUCUUCACCAUCAACAUCGAAAAUUUUCUGUGAGAUUUGAAUUUAGAUUUUUAUUCUUUUUGAAUCUGAAUGUAAGAGUGUUUGUAGUAUCUGAAUUUGGGCUUUCCUGGUGCAAUUUUGGAGCGUUUGAAUUAGGGGUUCUAUGAUUGGCUAUAUCAGGAGUAGGUUUUCUUUUGUUUCAGAGAGUGUUUGAAGAAAUUGAUUUGAAGGUUUUUCAAGGAGCAGUUUUGAAGAAUCUGGAGUUAGGGGUUAUGAAAUUGAUUUGAAGAAGUGUGUUCUCUGUGUUGAUUAACGUUUCAGAUCUUGUGGUGUAAUAAUUCGUAAUUUGGGUUUCCUGUAUUGGUUUUGCUUCAUGUGCUUAAUUUCUUGGUUCAUAAUUUCGAUUGAAGAUACAAUUUUUAGGGCCUUUUCUCAAGCAAAUUUGAAGUCUCUGUGGUGGGUUUCGGUGAUUGAUUUGAAGAAGCAGGUUUGGCUUCUGGGAGUUGAUUGAAGGAACAAAAUUUGGUGCAGUAAAUUCCUAAUUAAGAUUUCUUAAUUGGGUUAGUUUUGCCUUGUUUUGUUUUGUGCUUAAGUUCUCUGUAAAGGAUUUCUAGUUUAAUAGCAGUGGUUAUGAAUUGUUCAGCUUUGGGACAUUGCCCAGUUCUUUGUGGUUGUUUAACUAGUGUUUUAGUGAAUGGUGUUGUAAGUUUUCAUUUUGUUGUGAAUUCUUACAGUCCCAUCCUUUAAAACUCAAAUUAACUAGUUAUCUGUGCUUCACCAUGCCUAGGGUUACUAGGUCUAGUCAGACACAAUGCCUGCGUCCCAUCUCUCAAGGUCUUGUUGAUCAAACUGCUAAUGGGUUUCUUCAAUGCAGCAAUGAUGAAUCUUCAGCUUCACCUAUGGGUUCGCCUUCAUCGUCUCAGUUCACAACCACUUCAUCAUCUCAAGUGACAAGGUCCCUUCCAGCACGGUAUCGAGACCAUCUCAACAGGGUGACCGUGUUCAUUGUCCUUUUAAGAACUUUAAUGACUGCAACGAUGGGGUUAAUGGACGAGGAUAUGUCCGUAGUUCUUUUCAGAGACACCUUACUGACAUGCAUUUUCCUAAUGAAGAUGCUAAACAACAAUGCAGAGAUAGGCUGAGUGCAGAUAGGGAUUUGUAUACCUCUUGUGAAGAGGUUUUAAAACAGCUACGCUGCUGGCUUUGCAGUCACUGCAUGAUUCUGCAUACUUGGAAGAAAUCCUGCAAACAUAGUAAUGUGGUCAUUCCAAGGCCACAUAAUGGCAGGUAUGUUGAUUAUUUAAUCUCUGGCAUAGCAAAACCUAAUGCUCCCACCAGCAAGAUCACAACCAAUUCUGCAGAGAUUAUUCCUUUAUCUCUUUCUCUAGAUAUGCUUAACGAGGUCUUUCAUAUACAUUUCAACACCAUUGCAAGUAUACCUCCACCUUGCAGGUUGAAUUUUCUAGAACCCUAAAAUCCUGCUUAGAUUUGGUUAUACUCAACCCUAAGAAGAUUUCGCCAUGGAUUAAAUUAUUACUCCUCCCCAUCUGCACUUUGAACCUUUACAUCCCAAAAAACUCUUCAGAAGAACGAUCUGUUGCUAGAAAAGUUUCUAAUCGCUUCCAUCAACCAAGCCUUGCUUGACUGGAGAGAACACAAUGGCUGCAUUACACUAGUCAACAAAUUGCUGGAACAAACCAAAUGUAGGCAACUCAGCAAGCCAAAAAGCAAGAAAACUCAAGACACUGCCAAUUUGGAGGCUUGUAGAAAGAAAUUAUCCUAUGGGCACUACACCGCUGCCAUUAAAGUACUUUCAUCUAAUGGCAUUGCACCUUGUAAUGAGGCGACACUCACCACCAGUCAUUCCUGCUGAUGUUAUUUCUUGUGACGCAAUCACAGUAGAUGCACGGUCAGUUCUUAAAGCCUUAACAAAUAUUUCCCAAGGGUACCUCUUGUUGGAGAGACGGGUUGAGAGCCCAGCAUCUUCUUGAUGCGAUGAGUGGUGCUACUAAUGUUGUUGCAGAUGAGUCAUUAGCCUCAAUAACUAAGGUAGUUAAUCUAUGGAUUUCGGGUUGUUGUCCAAAUGCUCUUGGUGAGUUCAUAGCCAGUGCUCCUAUUACUCCUUUACAAAAACCAGGUGGAGGUCUGAGACCCAUUGCCGUGGGUACCAUUUGGAGGAGAUUAGUGUCAAAGCUCGCUGCCACCAAAGUAGAUUAAUGGAAGUGAAGGGAAAUAUGAGUGACACCUCCAUGCUGCUCAUUGACUUCACCAAUGCAUUCAAUAUGGUGGACAGAUCUACACUAAUUAAAGAGGUUAGAUUGCAAUGCCCUGCAAUCUCCCAUUGAGUAGAGUUUUGUUAUGCAAGACCUGCCAGGUUGUAUUAUAAUGACACUAUUCUAGCCUCUGCACAAGGUGUACAACAAGGUGACCCCCUUGGGCCAUUGGUCUUUGCACUUACACUUCAUCCCAUUGUGUUGAACAUUGCUUCUCAGUGUAGGUUAGAUCUGCAAGCCUGGUAUUUGGAUGACGGCACCAUCAUUGGAGAUACUUUAGAAGUCUCUAAGGCACUGCAUAUCAUUCAGUCUGAGGGUGCUUGCAGGGGGCUUCAUCUCAAUGUCAACAAAACUGAAGUUUUUUGGACCACAACAGACCCCAGAAGUUUUGAUCCACAAGUCUUUCCUGGAAACAUUGGUAGACCUUCAUUCGGUGUUCAAUUACUUGGAGGACUUGUGAGUUUCGACCUACAAUAUUGUAAAGAUAUGGUUAUGAAUAAAUUGGACAAGUCUCUUCAGCUCAUGAAUGCAGUCAAGAAGCUUAAAGACCCUCAAUGCGAGUUGUUGCUAUUACGUAAUUGCUCUGGUGUUUCCAGACUGUAAUUCACUAUGUGUACAACUCCCCUUUCAUCCUUGGAGCAAGCUACAGCUUAUUUUAAUGAGCAGCUAUACCAGUAUUUACGACAGUUGAUCACAGCCGAUGGAGCUGGUUUUGGACCAUUACAAUUUCGUAUGGAAACUCUCCCUAUUAAGGAUGGUGGACAAGGAAUUUACACAAUGACUGACACAGUCAAUUAUUGUUAUCUAGCAUCCCAAUUUCAGACUCAAUUUGUGCAGCACACCAUCUUGAAGAAUGUCACUCCUGAAGGUCUAAGUUCUAACCGUCAGCAAGCCCAACAGACAUAUACGCAGGUAUGUGGUAUUGUACCUUCUUCUCUCAGCUUUGAAGUUGAUGCCCCCCCUUCCACGCACUCUAUGCAUUCUCUGGCAAUAACAUAUUUCGAAGUUGUGAAGAAGCAACUACCCACAGUUUUCCAGAUGUCUGUGCGUGACAAUGUACUUUGGCAGUGUAACCAAAUGAAGCAUGCUCAGGAUUAUUUACUCGCUAUACCUAUUAGUGGGCUAAAUCAAACUCUUGGACCUAGAAAAUUUAGAAGUGUGCUAUGUUACCGUCUCGGCAUUCCUAUUUUUGCUGAAGAAAGUCGAUGUACUAGUUGUAAGAGGGAGAUGGACAUAUAUGGAGACCAUGCUCUUCACUGUGCAAGCGAAGUUGGUAUCAAAUUCAGGCACAAUUUGGUACGGGAUGUUUUCGUGGAUAUCUGUUUCCGGGUGGGAGUGGUAGAUAGGAAGGAAGCCUCACUGGGAUUUACAUUUGGUGGGAACACAUUAUUGCCUGCUGACUUGUCAGUUUACAAUUGGGAAAGUGGAAAUGAUACUUGCUUUGAUGUUGCAGGGGUCUCUCCCUUCACAAGUGAUCUUCGAUAUUUUGCACCAGGCCAAGCUAUCUCCAAAGCUGUUCUCCGUAAGCGCAACAAAUACUUAGCUACAUGCGAGACUCAUGGAUACAAUUUUGGUAUCUUGGCCUUCACUACCUUAGGAGAACUAGGCGAGGACACUGUCGAUUUUUUGAAGAAACUCAAAAACUGCUUUGCCAACAACGACCUGUGGCUCCGGUAGCUUCUUAUUUUAUAGGUUAGGUGUGGCAACUCAAAAAGUGUUGGUGUCCAGCUUGUAGCUAGGUCACCGGCAAAAUCUGCGUAAAGAGAUAUUUUUUUAUAAAAAUUAUUUUAAUUAAAAUAAAAAUAAUAAAACCUUCCAGUCAUUCAGGUAUAAAACCUUGAUUUGCUUUUUAAUAUAAGCCCCUUGCGGCAGUCUUUUAUAAUAACAAUAAUAAUAAUAAUAAUAAUAAUAAUAAAAAGAGUUGGACCUUGGACUAGCCGUUGCGGCAGUCCUUGAGAAUAGCCGUUGUACCUGUUGUCACAGAGAUAUGGACAAAUUUGGAGACCAUGCAUUACAUUGUGUCAGCGAAGUUGGGCAGAAAUUCAGACACGAUCUUGCGCGCGAUGUUUUCGUAGACGUUUGCUUCAGGGCAAAUGUUCCGGCUAGAAAAGAGGUGGACCUUAGACUCCGGACAGUUGAGAACAAUACUUUGCUACCGUCCGACUUACUUGUUUAUAACUGGGAGAACGGGAAGGACACAUGCUUCGACAGUUGAGAACAAUACUUUGCUACCGGCUGACUUACUUGUUUAUAACUGGGAGAACGGGAAGGACACAUGCUUCGAUGUUACGAUUGUUUCCCCAUUCACAAGUAACAAUCCAACUUUCAUUCCGGGUCUUGCUAAAGCCGUUCUUCGCAAACGAAACAAGUACCUUGAUGUUUGUGAAACACACGGUUAUGGCUUUGGAGUCCUUGCUUUCACUACCUUAUGUGAAUUUGGAGAGGACACAGUGGCUUUCGUAAAGAGACUUAAGAACUGCAUUGCAAACAAUGAUGCAAACUUUGACAUUGGUCGGUUUUUAUUUCAUAGAAUAGGUAUGGUUAUUCAAAAAGGA